GAGAGCAGGCCAACCGAAGAGAGCGGAGAUUGAAUUCAAUUAUCCAUCACAGCUCGACGCGUUUUGGCGCAAUAAAAAUCCCAACCAUGUUCUAAAUUUCCAUGACAACUCUUUGUACUUAGCAGACAAAGCCUACCCAUAACCCUCAACGAUUCUUCUUCUUCCGCUCAACUCGUCCGGAGUUCGACUACUCAGCUAUGUAUUUAUCGCCCAUCGAUUUCGUUUAUCGCCUGUUCUUUGCUUAAGAUCCACCGCCGCUUUGGUUUUUUGCUCUGAUCGGUCGAUUAGUUGCUUUCAUAGCUUCGAUUUGUUGAUCGCCUCUUCUGAUUUCUAGGUUUGAUUCUGGUUGUUUUGAAGAAUUUGGCGAUGUGGAUUUUGUAGUUCAUCUUCAGAUUUGAUUAGGUUCAAGGAUUGAUGCAUUGACUUUUUACUUUAUCUGCUUAUAUAUACUUUUCUAUUCGAUUUCUCUGCCAUUUUUGGGGAUGAUUCUGAUUCUUGAGUUAUUUUAUUGUAAUUCUGUUGUUAGAGGUAGAGCUAGGUGUUUGGUUUGAGAUUUCAGUGUAUUGAGUUUUUGGAGAUCGGAUCUUAAGUUUGGUGUUAAUCGAUCAUAUAGAAUAUGAAUGUUUCUUUGUGUUUGAAUUGAGGAACUUGCUUGGAAGGAUCUUGAGUUGUAGGAAUCAAUGGGGAAUACUUGUGUAGGACCAAAUAUUUCAAAGAAUGGAUUCUUUGAAUCUGUUUCUGCUGCUAUGUGGCGAUCUAAAACGCCGGAGAACUCGGUUUCUAAUCAUACUAAUGGAGAAAAUGUUCGUGAGGUAGUAGCUAGCGAACCCGAAUCGCCUUUGCCUGUUCAAAACCAACCUCCUGAAAAAGUGACAAUGCCAGAAUCAGUAGCUAAACCAGAACCGCCUGUGGAACCGAAGGUGCGCCCUGUUAUGAAGAGGGUGGGUAGUGCUGGGCUUCGAGGCGGUUCGGUUCUACAGACGAAAACGGGAAACUUUAAGGAGUAUUAUAGCUUGGGUAAAAAAUUAGGCCAAGGACAAUUUGGGACAACAUAUAUGUGUGUGGAGAAGGCAACUGGGAAAGAGUAUGCUUGUAAGUCUAUUGCAAAGAGGAAGUUGGUUAAUGAGGAUGAUGUUGAAGAUGUGAGAAGGGAAAUUCAGAUAAUGCACCAUUUGGCUGGACACCCGAAUGUUAUAUCGAUCAAGGGGGCGUACGAGGAUGCUGUUGCAGUUCAGGUAGUCAUGGAGUUGUGUGCUGGAGGUGAGCUAUUUGAUAGGAUCAUUCAACGUGGACAUUAUACCGAAAGAAAGGCUGCUGAGCUUACUAGGACCAUAGUCGGGGUUUUGGAGGCAUGUCACGCUCUUGGAGUUAUGCACCGUGACCUUAAGCCCGAGAAUUUUCUCUUUGUUAGCAAGGAAGAGGAAUCACUUCUCAAGACAAUUGAUUUUGGACUAUCAAUGUUCUUCAAACCAGGCGAAAAGUUUAAUGAUGUGGUCGGGAGUCCGUACUAUGUUGCACCUGAAGUUUUGCGGAAGCGAUAUGGUCCAGAAGCAGAUGUUUGGAGUGCUGGAGUAAUUGUAUACAUUCUGUUAAGUGGAGUGCCUCCCUUUUGGGCUGAGUCUGAGGAAGGGAUAUUUGAAGAGGUCCUGCACGGCGAUCUUGACUUCUCUUCCGACCCUUGGCCCAGCAUCUCCGACAGUGCGAAAGAUUUGGUUAGAAGAAUGCUUGUUCGAGACCCGAGAAAGAGACUGACAGCAUAUGAAGUUUUGUGCCACCCUUGGGUUCAAGUUGACGGUGUCGCUCCUGACAAGCCGCUUGACUCGGCAGUCUUGACUCGCUUGAAGCAGUUUUCAGCCAUGAACAAGCUCAAGAAAAUGGCUAUCAAGGUCAUUGCAGAGAGCUUAUCUGAAGAAGAAAUUGCUGGCCUCAAGGAAAUGUUCAAGAUGAUAGAUACUGACAACAGCGGUCAAAUCACAUUUGAAGAACUCAAAGCUGGAUUGAAAAAGUUUGGAGCUAAUCUUAAGGAGUCGGAAAUUUACGACCUAAUGCAAGCAGCAGAUAUAGACAACAACGGAACCAUUGACUACGGGGAGUUCGUAGCUGCCACAUUGCAUCUAAACAAAAUCGAGAAGGAAGAUCAUCUUCUAGCAGCGUUUUCAUAUUUCGACAAGGACGGAAGCGGGUUCAUUACCCACGACGAGCUUCAACAAGCAUGUAAAGAGUUCGGGAUAGAAGAUCUUCAAAUGGAAGAAAUGAUGCGUGAGGUCGAUCAAAACAACGACGGAAGCAUCGACUAUAACGAGUUCGUGGCGAUGAUGCAAAAAGGAAAUGUAGUGAAUACUGGCAAGAAAGGUCUACAAAGUAGCUUCAGCAUUGGCUUUAGGGAGGCUCUAAAACUUUAAGUGUAUUAUGUAAAGGUAACAUUCAAGUUAGUUUCUUUAUUGUUCUUGCCUACAAGUUAUUGUAGAGCAAGGAGCACGGCCGCUCGCCUGCUCGGGUUCGAUACCACGUCAUUCAUUUCGACCUCUUCCUUUUCCCCUCGUUCUCAACGAGUAUUCUUCACCCGAAUCAAACACAACACGUAAAAUACUAUGCAGAGAACAAGCCAUAUAUUUUUUUUCCUUUUUUUUUCCUUCCAUUGUUUUGUAUGACUUCUGAUGAGAAAUGGGUUUGAAGCUUUUGGUCAGAUUUG